CGAGAAGAAAACUGAACUGCCAGCACGCUUUAGCUCCCAAAAGAGUUGCUUUUUCCUCUUCAAAACGAAAUGAUUUUUAUCAAAUAAAUACCGAAAUCACCCUUACCGUUUCUCUGAUUUUACACUUCCAAUGGCCAUCUCUCUUUCCUCCUCCAUUCUCAACCUCAAAACCAAACGCCAAUCUCCGCUCUACCUCGCAUUACCAAACCGACACCGUUUCAAUUCUCUAACUUCCCAGUUUUCACCUCCAAGCAGAAACAACAAUGCGGAUUUUCAAAAAGUUCUUCCAAAGAAAUGCUCAGCCGAUUUCGGAGCCCUCCGUCCACGUGGCAGCUGGUGGAACCUCCGUAGUAUCGAAUCUCCAAAAUCCUCUCCGGCGAAGCCUGUUACUGUUUGGAUAGCUCUUAAUCGAAUGUGGAGCUUGAUCGGAGACGAUAAGUGGAUCAUCUUCCUCGCUCUCAGUGCUUUGAUCAUAGCUGCUGUUUCGGAGAUUUCGAUGCCUAGGAUAUUGACGGCGUCGAUAUUUUCUGCUAACGGCGGCGAGUCUUCAGCGUUUUUUAGAAGCUCCCGUAUGUUGAUUUUACUGUUACUUAUCUCAGGAAUUUGCAGUGGCUUGCGAAGUGGCUGCUUUGCGAUGGCGAAUACGAUCUUGGUUAAGCGUCUUAGGCAAAGUUUAUUCGCAUCUCUUGUUUUUCAGGAUAUAUCAUUUUUUGACAUGGAAACUGUUGGUAGUUUGACAAGUAGGCUUGGUGCAGAUUGUCAGCGAUUCUCUCAUGUUAUUGGGAAUGAUAUUCAUCUGAUAAUCCGCAAUGUUAUUCAGGGAACAGGUGCAUUGAUCAAUUUACUGACUUUAUCUUGGCCCCUCACAUUACCAACGUUGAUGAUAUGUUUUGUUCUCGCUAUAUUAUUUUCAUUUUAUGGCCAGUACCAAAAGAGAGCUGCAAAGUUAAUGCAGGAGUUCAAUGCAUGUGCCAACAAUGUUGCUGAAGAAACACUUUCUUUAAUGAGAACUGUCCGGGUUUAUGGAACAGAAGGAGAAGAACUUGCAAGGUACAAGCAGUGGCUAGAUGAAUUAGCUUUUGUAAGCAUUCGAGAGAGCACGGCGUAUGGAUUCUGGAGUAUGAGUUUUCUCACCCUUUACCGUUCAACACAGGUUCUUGCGGUGCUGUUAGGAGGAAUGUGCAUCAUGAAUUCCCAUGUAUCACCUGAACAGCUUACUAAGUACAUAUUAUACUGUGAGUGGUUGAUUUAUGCUACUUGGAGGGUGGUAGACAAUUCAUCAUCGCUAUUGCAAUCCAUUGGAGCUUGCGAAAAGGUCUUCCAAUUAAUGGAUCUCUUGCCUUCUGAUCAAUUCUUAUCAAAAGGAGUGAAGCUGCAGAGAUUAAUGGGGAAUAUACAGUUUGUGAAUGUAGUUUUCCACUAUCCUUCAAGGACCACAGUACCCAUACUAGAUCAUCUAAACCUUUCUGUACAAGCAAAUGAAGUGGUUGCAAUUGUUGGUUUAAGUGGUAGUGGAAAAAGCACAUUCAUGAAUCUUCUGCUUCGUCUCUAUGAGCCAGUUAAUGGUCAGAUAUACAUAGAUGGUCUCCCAAUUAAAGAGCUGGACAUCAAGUGGCUGAGAGAAAUGAUUGGAUUUGUUGGACAGGACCCCCAUCUGUUUAAUAUGGAUAUCAAGUCAAACAUUAAAUAUGGUUGCCCAAGAGAUGUUAAAGAGGAAGAUAUAGAAUGGGCAGCAAAGCAGGCCUAUGCUCAUGAAUUUAUUUCAUCUCUUCCUCAUGGUUAUCAAACCAUUGUUGAUGAUGAUUUGCUCAGUGGGGGACAAAAGCAACGAAUUGCUAUUGCUAGGGCCAUUCUAAGAGACCCUGCAAUUCUUGUCCUGGAUGAAGCCACCAGUGCUCUGGAUGCAGAAAGUGAGUACUAUCUCAACGGGGUUCUUCGUGCACUGAGAAAUGAAAGUAUAGCAAAAAGAACUAUUAUUCUCAUAGCACACAGGUUGUCUACUAUUAAGACUGCUGAUAGAAUUGUUGUAAUGGACGGUGGUCGAGUUGUUGAGAUGGGCUACCACGCUGAGCUUUUACUAAAGGGUGGGUUGUACUCGCGAUUAAUCAGAGUCCAAGCAGAAUUCAUGGCUUGAUUAUAAACCCUCCGAGCUGUUUUGGGUGUAUCUCACAGUUGCUGUUCCAAGGCUGAGGACAUCAAGUACCCCCUAUUGCAUUCAUCACUCUUAUGAACAUAAAAUGUCUCGUAUCAUAAGAUGCCAGCACUCAUCUUGAAGCUUUAGCUGUUUCUAUCCUUCUGCCCCAGUUAUGCACAUCGAUUCUUGAUGGCGAGUUGAGGCCCCCCUGCCCUUUUCUCCUCCCUCAUUCCCUCUCUUCACCUACCUCUUCUCCCAUGUUCACUUGUUAUCGUCUAAAAGUUAGAAACCUUAUUUCCUGUUUCUUUUUUUUUUUUUAAAUAAAUAAUUUAAAAUGUUUAUCCACUUAAGAAAAUAUUGGGACCCUCAUUUUAUAAGAGUUGCUACUACAACAAGGAAGCAAAGCUAUAAGUAUUUGUUUGUUGAUAUUGGAUUUUUGCCCUAAUUCUUGUUCUAGUUCUUUCACCCUUGAUGGCUUUGUCAUUGAGUAGGGCUCCUAGAGCGACUGGCGAGUCAAAUGCUGUGGGAUCUUUGCCUUUGUAUCUUCAAAAAGCUUUCUCCCCCACCAUUCUUUGGCUCCAUCCAAGGAACCUUUAAGGUCGCAACUGGGAAAGGGGUUACAGGAAUUCGGAUUCAAAUUAAAAACCUUGCAGAUGGCUGCAAAAAAAUGUCCAUCCAUGAUGGGUGGUAGAAAGGAUCCUUCAAAGCUGUUAAUAAUGGCAAACUCAAAGCCAUGGAGUGAAGUUUUCAAUCCAAAAUUCCGAAUUUAAACCAAUGGCAAGCUCUUCCUCGGGGUACCCUUUAUCAUCCCUAAAGCUUUCAAGUAAUCAAAGAGUUGCAGCAUUUGACAGAGAAACCUGAAGGCUUACAAUAGGUAGUUGGGAAUCCAAUCUGUUGGGAAUUGUUACUUUGGCUGCAUCAAUUGCUUGUUCUUGGUCAAAGAAUUCUUUUCUUUAUGAUAGGGAAACUCUUUGUUUGAGUUAAAGUUCAUAUACUUGCAUUAUAUCAUGCAUUUCUUCCCUUUUCUCAAAGUAAAACCACAAAUUAACCAAAAAACAAAUCCAUUUCUACAAGAAAACAGAUGAAAAUCAUGAAAUCAUGAGUGAUGGGAUUAAGACAUGACUUGUCUUAUUAAAGAUUCUCAAGGGCAUCAAUGGAGAAAUCUCCUGGCUGAGGAACUUGCUGGUGAGAGCAUCAUCAUGAAACCCACCUGGUGGCUCAUCCGCUGCACCUUUAACUUCCUUCCUGGUUUGAGUGGUUUUCUUGUUUCUGUAGCUGUCCAUUGCUAACAUCUAUAGUACCCAUGUUAAGUUUUAAAGAUUUCUUGGGAUUUUAUAUAAAUUAUUUUGGUUUUCUUGAAUUUUGUGCCUGCAUGAAAUGUAACAGGUGUAGUGUUUAGGAGGCAGCUUUGACAUGUGUUUUAAACCUGUUGUUUUGGCUUCAUGCACAAUGCAUACUCAUCCAAUGGCCUAUGCCAAAUUGCCAAGUGAUCUUCUUGUCUUGGAUUAAAAGGUGUACAAUAUUGGAAAUUGAAGUUUUUGAAAACAUUUUGAUAUGCAAAAUCAGCAAAAUUCAUCCUAAAUUUACAAACUCCUAAAAAGAAAAUGUUUUCAUUUACAUAACUUUACAAGUACUUUUUAUUUAUGGUGAUUACAUGGAUAGAGUUCUUAAUAGGGAUAGCAAUGGUUUGGGUUAGGACGGAUUUUUGUUUGUCUUAAAUCCGAUCUGAUUCUAUAUUCAUAAUA